AUGGGAGGCGGGCAUGGAAUUCGAUCGGUUGUCUACUACGUCAAUUGGGCUCCAUACGGCCGCAACCAUCACCCGCAGGACCUCCCUGCCGAGAAUAUAACCCAUGUCCUCUAUGCCUUUGCCAAUGUGAGGCCUGACAGCGGCGAGGUCUAUCUUACAGAUCCCUGGUCAGAUACCGACAAACACUAUGAUGGUGACAGUUGGAAUGAUACUGGUACCAAUGUGUAUGGUUGUGUCAAACAAUUGUUUCUUCAGAAGAAGCGGAACCGCAAUCUCAAAGUCUUAUUGAGUAUCGGGGGCUGGACGUAUUCUUCCAACUUUGCACAACCAGCUAGCACCGACAGUGGCAGGAAAAGAUUUGCACAAAGUGCAGUGAGAUUGUUAGAGGACCUUGGCUUUGACGGUCUCGAUGUCGACUGGGAGUAUCCAAAAAAUCACAGCGAAGCUGAAGACUUUGUCAAAUUGUUACACGAAACAAGAAGUGCUCUCGAUGCAGCUGCUGCCAAACGUCAAAAACCAACACGAUUCUACUUGACCGUGGCGUGCCCUGCUGGACCCUCCAAUUUUGAGAAGAUGAGAAUUGCCGAAAUGGAUCGCCUCUUAGACUUUUGGAAUCUAAUGGCGUAUGACUUUGCUGGGUCUUGGGAUCAACGAACAGGACAUCAAGCCAAUCUGUUCCCAUCUAGGUCUCAUCCCGAAUGUACGCCAUUCAGCACAGCGGCUGCCAUUGAGCAUUACACAAGGCAAGGUGUCCAUCCUUCGAAGAUUGUUCUGGGAAUGCCUUUGUACGGACGAGCAUUCGCCUCUACAUCCGGACCAGGGCAUACUUACAGCGGAACAGGUGAAGGAAGUUGGGAGCAGGGAGUCUGGGACUACAAAGCCCUCCCCAGGCCGGACAGCACUGAGUAUCAUGACCAUCAUAUUGGUGCAAGCUGGAGUUAUUGUCCAUCAUCCAAAACAAUGAUCAGUUACGACACACCUGAAUUGGUGGCGCAAAAGGCGGGCUUUGUCCGAGACUAUGGACUUGGAGGCGGAAUGUGGUGGGAGAGUAGUGGAGACAAAUCGACAGGCGGCGGCAGCCUCAUUGAGACUUUCUUGACACAUAGUGGAGGGCCGAGUCGACUGGAGGAAGUCAAGAAUUGCCUGGAAUAUCCCGAGAGCAAAUACGACAAUUUGAGACACAAGUUCGACUAG